AGAGCAGCAGGAGCCCGCCAUAGGAGGAUUCUCAGGCAGACUCUCUGCAGAGACACGAGAACAGGACACAAGGAACGAACGCGACCAGGAUGGCGGACGUUGUCGAAGGCGGGGCUUCUUCUCACGAUGUUCAGUCCCUCCUGUCUUCUCCGGACAGGGACUUCCUCAUCCGGAACAACGGCGAUCAGGUUAAGGUCGAUAGCUUGAAGGGGAAGAAGCUUGGCUUGUACUUCUCUGCAUCGUGGUGCGGUCCGUGCCACCGGUUCACCCCGAUUCUGGCGGAGGUGUACGAUGAACUUUCCCCAAAAGGUGAUCUGGAGAUCAUUUUUAUCUCUGCAGAUAAGGAUGAAGGGUCCUUCAGUGGAUACUUUUCCAAGAUGCCGUGGCUUGCAAUCCCGUUUUCCGACUUGGACAAGCGCAAUAGCUUGGAUGAAUUGUUUAAGGUGAGGGGGAUACCCCACCUUGUCAUUCUCGAUGGCACAGGUACGGUCUUAACAGAUAGCGGAGUUGCGAUUGUCCGUGAGUAUGGAGUGGAAGGUCACCCUUUCACUCCAGAACGUAUCAAAGAGUUGAAAGACCAGGAAGAAGCUGCCAGGAUAAAUCAAUCAUUGACCUCUCUUUUGGUCCAUGGAUCUCGUAACUUCGUAGUUUCGUCCAAUCGGAAUCAGGUUCCUGUUACUGAGCUUGAAGGGAAAACAGUGGGUCUGUACUUCUCGUUGUCCGUGCACAGGGCAUGCGUCGAUUUCACGCCUAAGUUACUGGAGGUUUAUGAGAAAUUGAAGGCCAGAGGAGAGAGUUUUGAGAUCGUUCAGAUACCUCUUGAUGAUGAUGAAGCGUCAUUCAACCAAUCCUUUGGAAGCAUGCCAUGGCUUUCAUUACCUUUCAAAGACAAGAAAUGCAAGAAGUUGGUCAGGUACUUUGAGCUGUCGACCCUACCCACUCUGGUCAUUAUCGGUCAGGAUGGGAAGACUGUCCAUGCCAACGUUGCUGAAACUGUCGAAGAGCAUGGCAUCGCAACUUACCCCUUCACUCCAGAAAAGUUUGCAGAGCUUGCAGAGAUAGAGAAGCAAAGGGAAGAAUCUCAGACCUUGGAGUCGAUCUUGGUUUCAGGGGAUCUGGAUUUCGUCAUUGGAAAGGAUGGAACCAAGAUUCCAGUAUCGGACUUGGUAGGGAAGACUAUCCUCCUUUACUUCUCGGCACACUGGUGCCCUCCUUGCCGAGCAUUCCUGCCGGUGCUUUCGGAGGCAUACGAAAAGAUCAAGGCCACAGACGAUGCCUUUGAGGUGAUCUUCAUCUCCAGCGACAAGGACCAAACUGCCUUCGACGAUUAUUUUGCUCAGAUGCCAUGGCUGGCGCUUCCCUUUGGUGAUGAGAGGAAGAAAUUCCUGAGUCGCAGAUUCAAGGUCAAGGGGAUCCCCAUGCUUGUAGCCAUAGGCCCAACGGGCCGGACGGUGAGUAAAAAAGCAAGGGAUCUUAUAAUGGACCACGGGGCUGAUGCUUAUCCUUUUACUGCCGAACAUCUCAAGAAGUUUGAGGAAAAGUUCAAGGAAAGUAUAAAAGGCUGGCCAGAGAAGUUGAAGCAUCCUUUGCAUGAAAAGCACGAGCUCGUUCCUGCUCAGAGGAGAAGGUACAAUUGUGAUGGCUGCGGUAAGGCAGGGGAGGGGUGGUCGUAUUAUUGCGAGGAGUGUGACUUUGAUCUCCACCCAAAAUGCGCUGUUAAAGAAGAGAAAACGACUAAAAACGAGUUAGAUGAAGAUGCUGAAGCAGCUGGGGAGGAAGCAGAGGAAGGAGGAGAUGCCAAAGAGGGAUGAAUCUGUGAUGGUGAGGUCUGUUAUAAGGCCUAGAAGUUACUGUCUUGUAGUUUCUUUAUAUAUGACUUCUUUGAAGCAGUUCUUUUUUCUUCUUUUUUCUGGGUGGAUGUUUCCGAGCUUGAUCUGCAAAGGGUUUGUAUGUGAGAUAUAUGGCGUGUAUUAUGACUUUGACAAUUUGCUGUCGUGAUAUAAUGUUCAUCGUCGACUAGCCGUGUGCCAAACAGAGUGGUAGGCUUGAAUUGUCCGUUUGUCAUGCAAGUGUCUCCGUCUCUCCUUUUGAUGAUGCAGCUUCGAGAUUUGCAUGCACACUGGACUUGACAGAACAUGUUUAAUCAAUACACUUUGUAUGGAUCUUUCCUCAA